AUGAACAUGCCUUCGAUCAAGCCUGUGGUCCUCGAUGGUUCGACCCUCGAAGGUGGUGGACAACUCGUACGCGUGGCCCUUACGCUCUCGGCUAUCACAGGUAUACCAGUGUCAAUACACAACAUCCGUGCCAAUAGGGCGCCGCAUGGUCAUCGAAGCUCUCAUCAAAGCAAACGAAACGACGUAAAUCACAACAAAGCAAAGUUUGAGGGAGGUUUGAAGGAGAGUCAUUUGGCUGCACUAAAAUGGCUGGCAUAUCAGUGCGACGCCUAUGUUGAAGGCGCAGAAGUUGGGAGUCGAGAAUGUGUUUUCGUGCCUGGAAAAGGGAGUGUAUCGGCAAGAAGUAACAGGCAGGAGACGACAAUUAGACAGGGGGACAAUUCAGGUUCAUCGAAUUUCGAUGGGAAUGUGAUUGAGCUACACAGUCCAGGCAGCGUAUGGCUGAUUCUACAGGCACUAUUGCCUUACCUCAUAUUCGGUAGACAGCAGGUACAGAGUGAGACAGAUACACUGGCACAAGAAGCAUACACCGAACUCGUUCUUCGAGGCGGUACAAACGUGUCUAAAUCAAUGUCAGGUGAAUAUGUCCAGCAGGUCUUGCUGCCAACACUACACAACAUUGGUUUACCAAAGAUCGAUGUCGAAGUAGUCAAACGUGGCUGGGCAGGCAAUGCACCUGCAAUUGGUGAAGUCAAAGUUCGUGUUCCCCAGCCGCCUCCUGGCGGGUUCAAGUUGCCCCCAUUUGAGAUCACCGAGUGGGGAUAUAUCGAUCACAUAUCGGUGAGCAUCGUUGCUGGCUCGGCUAACGCGCGGCAUACGCUGAAGGCCGAGCUCGAGAACACGAUAGCCGAGCAUUUCGGUCGAGACCUGAUGAUAGUCUUCGUACCUGGGGAGGAUUCGGGAGACUCGCGUCGUUUGUAUAUUCUGCUAGUUGCACACACCAGCACCAACAGGGUGUUAGGGCGCGACUUCCUGGGAACAGGGAAGAGGCCAAAGAAUGCUACUGAGGAAGUGAGGAUCUUGCAGGGUGCUUGUCAAACUAUAGUCAAGGAUCUAAAGAAAGAGAUCGAGGGAGAUCAUUGCGUUGACGAGUACCUGCAGGACCAGUUAGUCGUCUUCCAAGCGCUUGCCAGCGGCAGGAACGUGGUCGAUGGUUGGAGCGGAAGAGAUGUAGAGCAAAGAGAAGGUCACGAUGAGGAGUGUGGAGACACAGGUGGUAGUCUUCACACCAGGACUAUAAGAUGGGUUUGUAGGAAGAUGAUGUCGAGGCUUCAGGGAGGUGUUGAAUUCGAGGCAGGUGGCAUUUGCACUGGCAUCAGCCAAGGCUAA